AGUGACUCAUCCGGUUCGAGAUUACUGUUAGCUUCCGGAAGAAACAAGAUGGCGGAUAAGACACUAAGGAGGUUUGAAUGAGGACAAGUAGUACGGUAGUGUACCUCUUAUCAGAACCAAAUACGAUUCAAUGGAUACGUAACCAGCGUAAUGUGUUAUUUACAUUUUGGUUUAUAGCAGUAUUCGUGCCUGGUUAAGUGUUUCGAGGCACCAGGCAAUGGGUGCACAACAAGGUAAAGAAAACCGCAGUACAUCAUCUGUUGGUAGUGGACAUAAUGCGAAUAAAACAAAUAAACAUCAUAAAUAUAAAGGAACAAAAGAUUCGAGAAUAUCAUCAACUGGAUCAGGAAAUAUAUUUACUGAACAUAAUGAAGCUUUACUUCAGAGUCGGCCACUCCCAGAAAUUCCUGAUCUAGCUGAUGAUCCUGCUUGCCUAACAUUACCAAGUGAUGGGGCAUCAAGAUGGACCUCUAAAGAAAAUCUUUUAGCUCAAGAAGAUACUGAUCCUCAAGUGUUUGUGGCUCUUUAUGAUUUUCAGUCAGGUGGAGAAAAUCAGCUUUCGUUAAAAAAAGGUGAUCAAGUAAGAGUUUUGUCUUAUAAUAGGACAGGAGAAUGGUGUGAAGCACAGUCUCGUACUGGACAUAUUGGUUGGGUUCCUAGUAAUUACAUAACACCUGUUAAUAGCCUUGAGAAGCAUUCAUGGUAUCAUGGUCCCAUUUCUAGAAAUGCAGCUGAAUAUCUACUUAGUAGUGGCAUUAAUGGCAGUUUUUUAGUUAGAGAAAGUGAAAGCAGUCCAGGACAAAGAUCUAUUUCUCUUCGUUAUGAAGGAAGAGUUUACCAUUAUCGUAUUAGUGAAGAUACAGAUGGAAAAGUUUAUGUGACCUCAGAAUGUCGGUUUAAUACCUUGGCUGAAUUAGUUCAUCAUCAUUCUAUGCAUGCUGAUGGAUUAAUUACAAUGCUGCUUUAUCCAGCUCCCAAACGAAAUAAACCUACAGUAUUUGCAUUAAGUCCAGAGCCAGAUGAAUGGGAAAUUGAUAGAACAGAUAUUGUGAUGAAACAUAAGUUAGGUGGUGGUCAAUAUGGUGAUGUUUAUGAAGCUGUGUGGAAAAGAUAUAACAUGACUGUAGCAGUGAAGACUCUAAAAGAAGAUACCAUGGCUUUAAAGGAUUUUCUUGAAGAGGCUUCUAUUAUGAAAGAAAUGAAACAUCCCAAUUUGGUCCAGUUGUUAGGUGUUUGCACCCGAGAACCUCCUUUUUAUAUAAUAACUGAAUUUAUGCCAUGUGGUAAUUUAUUAGACUAUCUUCGCAAUGCUAGCAGAGAUGAGAUUAAUGCUGUAGUAUUGAUGUAUAUGGCAACUCAAAUUGCUUCAGCUAUGUCUUAUCUGGAAUCUCAUAGCUUUAUUCAUAGGGAUUUGGCAGCUAGGAAUUGUCUUGUAGGUGAAAAUCAUUUAGUGAAAGUAGCUGAUUUUGGAUUGGCACGCUUGAUGAGAGAUGAUACUUAUACAGCUCAUGCUGGUGCUAAAUUUCCUAUUAAGUGGACAGCUCCUGAAGGCCUAGCUUAUAAUAAGUUUUCUACAAAAUCUGAUGUCUGGGAUGUACACAAGACAGCAUACAUUCCUUCUAGAAUGUUCUUUAUUGAAUUUAUUGAAAAAGUUUAUGUUUAUGUGACCUCAGAAUGUCGGUUUAAUACCUUGGCUGAAUUAGUUCAUCAUCAUUCUAUGCAUGCUGAUGGAUUAAUUACAAUGCUGCUUUAUCCAGCUCCCAAACGAAAUAAACCUACAGUAUUUGCAUUAAGUCCAGAGCCAGAUGAAUGGGAAAUUGAUAGAACAGAUAUUGUGAUGAAACAUAAGUUAGGUGGUGGUCAAUAUGGUGAUGUUUAUGAAGCUGUGUGGAAAAGAUAUAACAUGACUGUAGCAGUGAAGACUCUAAAAGAAGAUACCAUGGCUUUAAAGGAUUUUCUUGAAGAGGCUUCUAUUAUGAAAGAAAUGAAACAUCCCAAUUUGGUCCAGUUGUUAGAUCAAGCAUCUUACAUGUUGUCAGCAUUCUCAAAUUUGAAGUACAUCUACAACAAUCUAAAGCAUGUGACUUGUCUUGCCCAUGCCCUACAUCGAGUAUGUGAAUGUAUUCAUGUAGAAUAUAGCAAGGCCAACAACUUCAUUUCGGAAAUGAAAAUGGUUCUUUUCAAGUGCCCUAGUCGGGAGCACUUGUACCAAGACAUAACUGGGCUGCCAUUACCACCCAGUCCAGUGGUUACUCGUUGGUGGUCUUGGAUAAACAGUGUGGUAUUCUACUGCAAGAACUUUGAGAAAAUUAAUGCAUUUAUCAACGAACUUCUUCCUGGUGAUUCUGUGGUUGUUAACAGUGUCAAAAAACUGGUCACUGAUCCAGUAGUGACCACAGUGCUCUACUCCAUGCAUUCAUAUAAGUUAUUGGUGGAUAAAAUCAACAAGCUGGAAAGACAUGGAACUGAAAAAUCAGGAUCAGUGGAAUGUUUAUUAAAUAAUCAAUUUUUUUAUUUUAAUUCAUUAUUAAAAUCAUAUUUUGUUUUAGGUUGGUUAUGGGAUCCUAUGGAGAGACCAACUUUUAAAGAUAUCCAUCAUACUUUGGAAACCAUGUUUCAGAAUUCUAGUAUUACAGAAGAAGUGGAACGACAGUUGGAACAACAGACGCCUUCCUCUGGGAAGAAACAGGUAAAUUCCCCAAGCAUAAGUGCUGAGGAUGCUGAUCAAUGGCAGCAAUUUGAACAAGGUGUCCGAAGUUCGGCUGUGCUAAAACAGCAGGGCAUCAUCACUACAAAGUCAACAGUGGUGCAGCUUCGAAGAUCGGGACCUCGGAGUAAACAAGCACCAGCGCCACCAAAACGGACCAGUUCCUUUAGAGAUAGUACUUAUCAAGACAAAUUGCCUGAUGAAUUAAAUGAAGGUGCCAAAGAAACAGUGAACGGACUUGAAAAAAUGUUUGAAACAAUUAACAAGGAACUUCAUGAAAUGAAUAGCAGUACGGGAGAAACAGAAAGUGAUAUGCAGGAAAGAACGCCAGAAACGGAAGAUUCCGAGACUCCAACUGCUGUUUCAACGUCAAGUGUUCCUAAUCCGCCUCAACCUCAACAAAAACAGAAACUGAAAAAGGCAAGGACUUAUCCACCAAAUGUUCAGCAACGUACCAAAGAAACUAAUUCAUCCAAUAAAAACUCUGAAACAAAAAAGGUUCACAUUGCUGCUCUUGAAGUUCAAAAUGUCAAGAAAGCAAUUAAUAGGUAUGGAACUUUACCAAAAGGUGCACGUAUUGGUGCUUAUUUAGAAUCUUUACGCCAGCAUGGUUUACAUGCAGGUACAGGUUGUUCUGAACCUGUGCCUGAAGCAGACAAUGAUGAAAUUAAUGAACUAAAUGAAGAUUGUGAUGAACCUCUUAGAGACAAGCAUGAUAAUGGGAAUGGUGGGGGAAUGGGUUAUAGUAUUUCUAAAUAUGCUACGACUAUUAGGCCUAGGCAGCAAGAUGCUGACUGUCAAAAAAAAUUUCCACAUGGACUUCUACAGAGACAAAAAUCUGAUCUAACACAUAAUAAAGUUAGUGAAAGUUUUGAAACUGGGUCUAUACCUGAAAUGCAUCAGCUGGGGGGAUUGAAGCAUGUUCCAUCUCCAAGACUUCCUCGUGGUAAAAAAAUUGAGAGGAAAUCUUCUCAUGAUAAAAUGGAGAUUGUUCAAGAUGUAAAAAUCAUAAAGGAAGAUAACGAAAACUCUAGCCAUAUUAAUAUAAACACCAAAUACAGAGAACCGGAAGAUAAAAGAAGUGGUGUCCCACCAUCACCGUCUUCACCUUUGCCCUUUGGUUCCAGUACAGUUCGUCGCACAUUAAAAAACAGGCCAAAAGAUAGACCUCCAAGUCCUCCUAAACAGUCUCUCAGUAAAAGUGGUUCAAUGGAUGAACAGCUAGGUAGACAAGGUAUGAGAUCACCUGUUACUAGUACUGCUUCUGAUAGUGUGAGAAGCCCAACUCCAUCAUCAUGUUCGACAUCAGAGAGUCCACAGCAGAAUCGAAAUAAAGAUUCCAUGAAUGGCCAUAAUCAGUCUUGUUCCAAACAGGAAGCUACUACCGUUCAUGUACCAUCACUGCCAUCUGCUAAAUUUCCUGUCCCUCCCCCUGUAUCUGGAAUAGAAACUUUUCAAUCUUCUUACAUGCAUGAUGAAAACAGAUAUUUAUCAAAGACGACUAAAAUAAGAAAUCCUGAAAAUACCUUAAAAAAUCCAGCAGCUCAACUAGUUUCAGAAUUAUUUGAAACUUUAAGAAUGAAAGCAAGAAGAAGAGCUGUAGAAAUGGGAGAAGCUUCUUCGCAAACUACUUGUAAUGAAACAUUUGGUAUUUCUGAAAGUCUUCAGACAGUUGAAAAUGAAAAGACAAACCUGCCAGAUAACAAAGUAGAAAAGAAGUUUAUAAAUGAAACUGAAUUUCAAGGUGAUAAUAUCCCCAUAGAAAAUGAUAAAAGGUUAGGAUCCUGUAAUGAAGAAUAUUCUCACAGACUUUCAGAAUCACUUGAAGAUGAAAAACAAGAUGAUGUCGGAUCAUCUAAAACUUUAUCUGAUAAAGAUCUCACAAAAAUUGAAACAGAAGGUUCUGAAAGAUCAAGUCUUCAGUUAGACGAAGAAGGAAGAAGGCAUAGCUCAGGGAGUAUAAGUAGUUUAAAAAAAUUAUGGGAAAAAGAAGCUGGCUGUCAUGAAGCAGACAGAGCUGAUGUUGGAAGAAGAGUAGCACCCAAAGUUAUGGCUCAACAAUUAGAAUCUCGUUUAUUGAAAAAAGGUGUGGAUUCUGAUGAAAAUAAAAAUUUGCAAGACGAAACAGACAGAGUUUUAUGGCCUUGGAGGAGUUCACCACCACCGCUCUCAAAAUCAAUAACUGAAAAACCCGACGAAGUAUUCAGUAGUAGUCCACAAAGGGGAGAAUCACCUGACAGGGGAGACAUCAAUGUUGCUCAGUCUUCCACAGUUAUUUCUAAACCAUUGAUUCCAGUUAAACCUCCUCUGAAAGGAACAAGACCAUCUUUACCUUCAGGUCCAAGCACAAAAUUCAACAAAACGGUUGGAAAACCUCAGGUGCUUCCACGAGGAAAAGGACCAGAAAGUCCAACUGGUGAACAAUUGAGUGCCAAGGAAGAAAAGAUAGAACUGGAUCCAGCCAGCACUAAAGCAUCUAUAUUAGAAAUAUCCAGUGCAUUAGAAAACAGUAUUCUUGCUUUGAAAAAUUCUCCCACAGUCAGUAGUAUGAAUGUUAUUCAACUUUCGGAUAAGGUGCAACUUUUUCGUUCAUCUUGUGGGAACUAUGCAGAAAACAUUCCUCCGCAAGGUCGUUUCCGGUUUCGUGAAUUACUGACUCGACUGGAAAGCCAAGGAGAACAUCUGCGGAUUUGCAGCAGUAAUAAUACCACCGAUAGUGCAAAACUAUUUUGUGACCUCCAAAAUACAGUUAGAGACCUAGUCAAUGUUGUACAGAGAUGACUGGCCCACCUUGUACAGCCAUGCCUUGUAUGUUUUUGUUUGGUUGCUGUGUGAAAUGUCCUCGAAAAACAAAAAUGAUCAAUAGUCGGAAGGACCACCUAGUGAUCGCUUGUUAUGUCACUUCUAGUCCGUGUCCUCUUGGUGUCCAUAACAUAAUGUGAAGGCAGGUGGUAAGCUUUGAAAUACUUCAGAUGCAGGAAAGAUGAUUGAUUUCAAAGCACACAUGGUGCAUCUUAAAGACAAAAAAAAAAGAAAAAAGAAAAAAUAUA